AUGCCAAAAUCCACUCGGGGCCAUCAUGUGCACCGUGUUCAAGAACAGCUCAGUGCUGUCAGAAGUCGGCAGUUACAGUUUGCUAGUAUUCAAACUAUCGUAACUUUAGAAGUUGUGGAAAAUCAACAGUGCCGAGACUGGUAUAAAUCCCAAGAGAAGAAAAUGAAGAUUCUGGAUUCGCAAAUUUGUGCUGGGUAUGAAAAAGGGGGUCGAGAUUCUUGCUGGGCUGAUAGUGGAGGGCCUUUGAUGAUUGGAGAAGGAGACUACACUGUGGUAGUAGGUGUGGUUUCUGCAGGAAUUGGCUGCGGGCGCUACCGUCUGCCUGGGCUCUACACAAGACUUUCUGAGUAUGUUACUUGGAUUGAAGACACAGUACGAGAACAUGAAGACUGACUGCACAAUCAAAAGAAAACAAAUGAAUUAGAAACUAAGUAAUGUAUACUAUUCCUUUAGUAAUGAGAGUAGAAGACAAACUGAUCAUAUGCAAAAAUACCUGACUACUUGAUGCUCAUGAGAAUCUGUGGAGAAGUUUUGAUUUCAAAUUGAUAUACAAGUUGUUUUAAAGACAAAUUGAACAAUUUUUUUGUCAAUAUCAAGAAAAAAGGAGUAAAUUCACAAAAAGAUUUUCCCCUAAAAAAUGUCACUGUGUACCUUGAACAACAAUGCAUCAAAGUUAUGAGUUGGUAAAAUAAUAAUUAUUUAUUAUUAGUUCAUACAUUUUUAUAUAGUUUCAUUAAUUUACCAUACCAAAUAUUUUUCGUGAAGUCUUUAUAAGAUAUAUUUUUUGAAUAAGUUUAUUAUACACUACAAAUGAAUCUUUCAAAUAGUAAAUUAUACACAGCUAAUUGCAGACUGAUGUAUGGUUUAUUAGUAUUAUAGGAGACCAUCUACAUUUUCUUUAAGUCAGUUGAUUUUUGACAACGUUACCAUUAGAAAAGUGUUUGUGUAUAACACAUUCAUUAAUGUAAUUCCAAGAUUGAUGUCUAUAGUCUCUCAGAACUGCGUUUCUGUACCAAUAGCUUAGAUAUUAGUAAGACCAAAUUAUAAGAAUACCAGAUGAAGGGUUUGGGUGUAAAUUGUGAGGUGAUAUCCCAGGUAGAAAUGCUUACGAGUUAUGAGGUGACCGUGUUAGUUUCAGACGUUCAAGUGGGCUUCAUAAAAUUGAUGAGCAUCAAUGAGCUCUAAAUUGAGCUAUUGAGUAUAAAAGAGCAUGGACAACUGAUGCAGGAUCGAAAAAUUACAAUAGCACAGAAGCCACAACAUUGAAGGUUAUCGUCUUUUAUGCCCAAGUACUUAAUUUAAAACACAAUUUAGUGUUACUAAAUAUAUUGAAAUAAUAGAAGUCAUUUAGGUUAAGAAAGAAAAACUAAAUACAGUUUUCUCAAUUAUCUAAAGUUCUGAGUUCUUCGAAAAAUUGUUUUGUUCCCCUGUAGAGAGCAAGCUCAGCUGUAAAGAAAUGAAACAACAACAGAUUGUAAAGCCCAAUGAUUCAUACAGGGACCCAUGAAAAAAUUUAUUUGCAGAAUCUAGUUAUAUCUUAUCCUCUUGUAAAACCUAUGAGACUCAUAAACAUCCCUCUGGACAAAUAUUUGAUUCCACCACUCGCUUUUCUCAACUUUUAUUAAGAGUUUAUUCUAAGCAAAACACAUUAACACAAAACAAGAAAUACAAAAAAAAAAUUUGAGACAUUUAUUUCUCAUUUUCCCCUGCCCCCUAGUAAAUUUUUUGAAUCAGAUAUGGGAACCCCUUUUCAUAAUAAAAGGAAAUUUCUUUUUUGAAAUCCUUAAAGUGAAUAUUUCCAUAACUUAUAUCAUGAAAUAUGCAUUAUUAAUAUUGCUUCUUCUUAAAAUUUAAUGAACAUGUUUAAUUAAGUGUGGUCUUGAUCUGAAGUGAUUUGGUUUUUUUAUUUUAUUGAUCGUACUGAGGAAUUUAUGCCAUGAUGACUUUUUUCUUAAUAAUCCUUCUGUAUAAACAAGUUUUUCUACAUCUGAAAAUUCUUGGAUAAUUGAGUCUUAUCUGAAUGUAGAUAAUUGAGAAAAAUGUAAAUAAAAAAUAAAUGUAAAACAUCAAAAUGUAUGAAACAAUGAGUGUAGUUAUUGAUGUAAAUAGUGUUUGCAAAUUAUGUUUUGUGAAGAGAAUGCUAUGGUAGGUUACCAUCUGAAAUCAAAAUAACAUUUUAAUUAUUUAUAGAUAUAAUUUUCUGUUGAUGAAGUAUCAAUGAAUUCUAGUCAUAAUGUGCCAGUGUGAGGAAAUAAGUAUGUAAUGAGACUGCUUUGGAGAAGUGUGCAAAAUAAAGUUACCAUUUAGCUUUUGCUUGCUACGAAUUUAUUUAUUGUUCAUUCUUUAUUAACUUUUCAACACAAUACUAUUUUUAUGUUAGCAUGUUAUCCAAUCACAAAAUCUUUAUGGAUUACAGAUUAUUUGAAAAUAUAUGUUUUAGUCAAUAACUGCACAAAAAGUCAGCAACAUUAGAAGAACAUGUUCUUGAAUCAAAGAAUAUUAUUACUACAUUUGAGUCCUCAAUAGUCAAAGAUGGUUCGUAAAAACUAUUUACUGACUGUCCCUUUACUAUGCACACAGUUACAGUCAAAAGGUCUUCAUGUUUUUUAUAUACUUUUCAUGCAUGGGAUUCAUGAUAGUUUAAUAGAACCUGCUCAAAUAACAAAACACAAGAGUAUUCAAAGAAUUAUUGUCAUCCUAUUUGAUAAUGACCGAGUGUACAAUAGCUACAAAAAAAAUCAAGUAAGCUAAUCUCUCUACAAUAAUUUCAUCUUCAAAACAAAUGUAUUUGAUGUUUGUUCUGUAUUGCAAUUUAAAUAAUUUUCCAAUAUUUCAAUAUACCCAUUUUCUCUUUCAAUCCCCACAAAUUGUCUUGUAUCUGGCUACAAUCAUGUUUCGAACACUCCAAUAACAUAAGAAUAACAGAAUUCACAACAUGAACAAGAGUGUGUGAACAAACCCCAGGUUAAGGAAAUGACAACUACAGACCUAUUUCACAGAAUUUAGCCUUCAUGAAUUACAACUUUAAAAGGAAUAUUUUGCAACAAAGUAACUUUUCCUGCAUUUAUGUCUAAUUCUAUGUGCAACAUUUACAAGAUAAACCAUUACUUCCCAAAUGUGGAGAAUGUGAUAGAACUGAUUAUAUGCUUGACUAAAGAACUCUUAUAGAUAUUAAUAUCUGUUUAAUGUAUUAGCAUGAUGUAAUUAAAUAAUUUAAUAUGCGUAUUUACUUUUCUAUGAAAUAGUAAUACAUGUAUGCUAACAUUACUCCACUUUUACCUAAGAUUCACAAGUGAUUGUCAGAUAAAGGAGAAAUGUCACCUCAAACUUGGAGGUCAUUUUCACAAUGACACAUUUUCAAGAACAAUUUUGUUAUAAAAAUGAAAAAAACAACAACCAAUAACUUCUUAAAAUAAAAAAUUCUCCAAAUCCUAUAAAGCAUGUAGAUUGAAUAAACAUAUCUAUCUUAAUUUAAGGCAUCUGUGAUUAUUUAGAAAAAGUGGUUGUAGAUAUUCUAUGCAAUGUUUAAACACAAUCCUCACAACAGAUUACGAAUCAUUGAGGAUCUAUUAUUUACAUAAAAUUUAUUGCUCUCAAAAGUAAGAAUUGGUGUUAAAAUUAGUGCUUAAAAUAAGUUGUAACUGGUAGGAGAAAGUAUUUUUAUGCAGUCAUAGACUUCAUGGUCAAAUAUCUACUACCUUGUUAAUCUACAUAGCAUCCAAUUCUAACCAAAUCAAGAAAUUUCACUUAGCUGUGCCCUG